UAUAAAUAUCGUUGACGGCUAAACUUGGAGAUAUCAGUCUUUCAACUGUUUCAUACAAUUCACAAGUGCUCUAACAUGAAGUUCUUCAUCCUCGCCGCUGUUCUCGCUGUCGCAGCCGCCAGCUCAUACAAGGCUCCUGAAUACGCACCCAAAUACGAAGCCCCGAAAUACGCGGCUCCCAAAUACGAGACUCCCAAAUACGAGGAAGUCACCUACGCACCCCAACCGUACAGCUUCGGCUAUGACGUCCAGGAUAAGGAAUCCUACAACGACUUCGACCACUCUGAGAAAUCCGAUUCUUACGGAGUCUCCGGCUCUUACCGCGUCGCCCUCCCCGACGGCCGCACCCAGAUCGUCACCUACAAGGCUGACAGCUACGGAUACACCGCUGAUGUGAAAUACGAAGGUUACGCCAAGUACCCCGAGUACAAACCGGCCGCCUACCCCGCACCAGCUUACAAGGCACCUGAAUACAAAGCUCCUGCCUACCCCGCACCAGCCUACAAGGCCCCUGAAUACAAAGCUCCUGCUUACACCGCACCAGCUUACAAGGCCCCUGAAUACAAAGCCCCCGCCUACCCCGCCCCAGCCUACAAAGCCCCCGAAUACAAAGCUCCCACCUACUCUGCCCCCAUCUACAGAGCACCAACCUACACCGCCCCAGUUUACACUGCCCCUGCUGCCUACCCCAAAUACUAGGUUUUCUUCCUAUUUGCUGUCUGCUAUUUCAAUGAUUAUUUAAUAAAUGAAUGAAUUUUAAAACAAAA